AUGGCUGCAGAGAGGGUCGGGCUCGCUGUAGUCGGGGAGAGUGGCCCUGAUCCACGAAUUGGAAUGACCAGCAAACAGUUGCUUAGGAGUGACUCGUCAGUGCUCCAAGCGGUACUCAUCGACGGGGGCAGCGCCCUCAACAUCAUCUUCGCCAAGACACUGGAGGACAAGGGAUUCGAUAUGACCAAGUUGGUUCCUUCCGACCAGGCCUUCUACGGCAUCAUCUCGGGCGCUGGCUCAACCCCGGUCGGCAAGGUCACCCUCCCGGUCACCUUUGGCACCCGGGACAACUACCGCACAGAGUCCAUCAUCUUCGAGGUGGCCCCGUUCGAGACUUCCUACCACGCCAUACUUGGGAGACCAGCUCUCGCCAGCUUCAUGGCAAUCCCCAACCAUAUGUAUCUUCUCCUGAAGAUGCCGGCUCCAAAUGGAGUCCUCUCCAUUCGCAGCGACAUCUAG